AUGACUAAUAACAAAGUAACUUUAACCAUUACUAUUCCUGAAAACACUUAUAAAAAACUUAAAAAAAUAGUUGCUUCUGGAAAAGUCAGUGAAUUUGUCAGCAAGGCUAUUGAGAGAAAUAUUAGCGAAAAAGAAAAGGAAAUUAUCGAAGCUUAUCAGAAAUUCAAUCAAGAUAAAGAUUUGAUUAUGAAACUAAAAGGAGGGUUAAGUUGGUUUGAUCCCUUAGGAAAUACCAAAGCAAACGAAUCUAACCUAGUUUUAAUUUUAAGUAAUGAAUUACAUAAUAAAUAUAGCGAUUAUAUAGUAGUGGCGAUAGUAGUUCUACGUAAGGAAGAUGACGAAAUCCGCAAACCGUUGGAAAUUCCUUGCGAAUACGAAGACAAGAAACUCAAAGUCUUGGUUAGCCAGAUCCAUACUGUUAGCAAAGCAAUUCUGUUCAAACACCGCUUAUUUUUAGGAAAUUUGGAUGAAAAAACCAUGAAAAAGGUAGCGGAGAAAAUUAAAUUGAUAUUAAAUUUGGAUAAUUAA